ACUGAAAUCUCUCGAUCUCACCCAUCUUUCUACCCCUCCGUCCAUCCCUCCUCCCCCUCUCACGGGCUGCACGCUGCCUCGCUCCGACCGACCGCCACGCCCUCACAUCCCCAUCUCCAUCUCUCUCCGCGUUGCUCUGCCUCUGCCACCGCUUCACCCGCGCGCGGUCGGGCUCCUAGCUAGCUGCUGCCUCUCCUCCCCUUGAUGUGGCGCCGGGCGUCGAGCUGCUGCUGCUGCUCGCGCUCCAGAGGCGCCGGAGGCGAGCUCCCCGGACGCCCGGCGGCCUAGCCUCCUCGCGCUCCUACAAGAGGGAGAUCCGGGCUUUUUGUGUUUGGUGGGGCCGUGUGAUCCCACGUGACCCAAAGUGGAUCCACUCUGAUGGAAAUGGAGUCGGGGAGCACGUUCUAUGCGGGUGAAGGUCUUCACAUUGAUCCCAGCUGGCUCAUCGACCCAAAGCUUCUAUUUGUUGGGCCACGGAUCGGUGAGGGUGGACAUGCAAAGGUCUAUGAGGGAAAGUAUAAGAACCAAAAUGUUGCCAUCAAGAUUGUGCACAAAGGGGACACCCCUGAAGAGGUCGUCAAGAGGCAGGGUAGGUUCUUGAGAGAGGUGACCAUGCUGUCAAGGGUGCAGCACAAGAACCUUGUCAAGUUUAUUGGAGCUUGCCUAGAGCCUGUCAUGGUGGUGGUGACCGAGCUAUUAGUGGGGGGCUCUUUGCGGAAGUAUUUGGUCAGCUUACGGCCUAGGAACCUGGAGCCUCGUGUAGCAGUUGGAUUUGCAUUGGACAUUGCCCGAGCCAUGGAAUGUUUGCAUGCACAUGGAAUCAUUCAUCGUGAUCUUAAACCUGAGAAUCUGCUGCUUACUGCAGACCAGAGAACAGUUAAGCUCGUCGACCUUGGUUUAGCAAGAGAAGAGACGUUAACAGAAAUGAUGACCGCGGAAACAGGAACCUACCGUUGGAUGGCUCCCGAGUUGUACAGCACAGUCACAUUAAGGCACGGAGAAAAGAAACAUUACAACCACAAAGUAGAUGUUUACAGCUUUGCGAUUGUGUUAUGGGAACUACUACACAAUAGGCUACCCUUUGAGGGCAUGUCUAAUCUGCAAGCUGCAUAUGCUGCCGCCUUCAAGAACAUCAGACCAAGUGCAGAUAAUUUGCCGGAGGAGCUAUCAGAGAUCCUAACAUCCUGCUGGAAAGAAGACCCAAGCGACAGACCAAACUUUACCCAGAUAGUUCAAAUGCUUCUCCAUUACCUCUCAACCCUUUCACCGCCAGAACAUAUGGCCCCAGCUCGCACAUUCAGUUCGGAGAAUGCAAUCUUACCUCCUGAAUCGCCUGGGACGAGCUCACUAAUGGCUUCUCGAGGCGAUAUCACGCCUAAAGGCAACAUUGAAGACAAGCCAAGGGGCUUCUUUUUCUGCUUCAGCCAGUGUUAUUAGCCUCACAGAUGGAACAAGGGAACUCCCAAGAUGAUGCAAAACAUCAAAAGAACACACCCAUAGUCCAUACCCAAAGCAUGGCAGAAGUCCCUGAAAACUGUUGUUUCUGCUCAUCAGGCCACCCCUUCUUCCCUGACAUGUUUGAACAUAUCGGCAGGGUAGAUCUGAGUAACCUUUUGGCUCCUGCUAGUAAUGGUGAAAAUAGUUACUAUAUCGUAUAUUUUCCAUGAACCUACCAUAUCAAAAUUGCGCGCCCAUCGUAUAGUAAUAAUUGGCAUUAAUCAUUUACUCACUUGGAAA